AUGAAUGUUUUGAGGGAUGAAGAGAAUGUUAUGAGGAAUAAGGAUGAUAUUGCACAUGAUGAAGAAGAGUUAAUUUCAAAAAUUUAUGACGAAGUGGCUGGUCAGGAUGAAGCUAAUGUUGUGAGGGAUGAAGAGAAUGUUGUGAGGGAAGAGGAAAAUGUUUUGAGGGAUGAAGAGAAUAUUGUGAGGGAAGAGGGCACUGUUGUAAGGGAUGAAGAGAAUAUUGUGAGGGAAGAGGGCACUGUUGUGAGGGAUGAAGAGAAUAUUGUGAGGGAAGAGGGAACUGUUGUGAGGGAUGAAGAGAAUAUUGUGAGGGAAGAUGUCAAUAUUGUUAGGGAUGAGGACAAUGUGGGUGAGGUGAAUGAUGGGUCUACUACUAAUAGUGGAGAUGAUAGUGCUGAUGAAAAUUAUGAGAGUGCUAUGGAAGUGGGAUUUGAUGAUUCAUAUGAUGGUUUUGAUGAUUUAGAGGAAGAAUAUUUGGAUGAUCUUCUUGAAGAUCUAGAGGGGGAACAAAGCAAACAACAAUUGGAUAAUGAUGGUUUGGAAGAGGAAAUAGGAAACGACAGUGAGGAACUUGAAAGUGGUUGUUCAUGUGAUGUAUAG